CCCCCCCCCGAGUCUUUUGGGUACAAUUUUAAUGCAGCCGCUGCCCCUCUAGAGAGGGGAGAAUGCUUUGCAGGGAGGCCUGGCCGAGCCCCCUUUCUCCUCUUGAGCCGCUGGAGGGCGCUAUGGGGCGCCUCAAUCCUUCCGCGCAGGCAUCGCUACGGUAGCAGGCAGGCAUUUUCCCUUCCUGUUUGGAGACCAACCUUGCCUUGUUUAAAAAAAAAAAAAAAAACCCUAGAAGACUCCGAGGGACUGGCACCUUGAACUUGGCCUUGAUUUAUUUCCCCCCCCGCCCCUCCUUUUCUCUCCCUUUUCCAUCCCCUUUCUCGAUCCUUUCGCUCCGCUCCUCUCUUUACCAAACCUCUACCCUUCUUCUUUUCUCCUUCCCCUCUUCCCUCCCCCUCCCUUUUCCACCCUCCCUCCUUUCCUUCUUCCAUGGCGGAGACAAAAAUAAUUUACCAUAUCGAUGAAGAGGAGACCCCUUAUUUGGUGAAAUUGCCGGUUUCUCCGGAAAAAGUCACUUUGGCGGAUUUUAAAAAUGUCCUCAGCAACCGGCCGGUGCAUAGCUACAAAUUUUUCUUCAAGUCGAUGGACCAGGAUUUUGGGGUGGUAAAGGAAGAGAUCUCGGAUGACAACGCAAAGCUCCCGUGUUUCAACGGACGUGUCGUGUCCUGGCUGGUCCUGGCCGAGAGCUCCCAUUCAGAUGGCGGAUCGCAGUGCGCAGAAAGCCACACGGAUCUUCCUCUUCCCCUUGAGCGAACCGGGGGCAUCGGAGACUCUCGCCCGCCUUCCUUUCACCCAAAUGCCUCAAGCAGCCGAGAUGGGCUGGACAACGAAACAGGAACUGAGUCAGUCGUCAGCCACCGGCGGGAUCGUCACCGGCGGAGGAACCGAGAAGGUCACGAAGAUGUCUCUCGCAUCAAUGGGCAUCCGAAACUUGACCGACUCUGGGAACCUCCACCCGGUUACGAUAGUUCCUCCACUGUGAUGAGCAGCGAACUCGAAUCCAGCAGCUUUGUGGACUCAGACAAUGAGGAAAACACCAGCAGGUUGAGUAGCUCCACGGAGCAGAGCACGUCAUCCCGUCUGAUUCGCAAGCACAAGCGCCGGCGAAGGAAACAUAAAAUGCGACAGAUCGACCGGUCGUCCUCCUUCAGCAGCAUCACCGAUUCCACCAUGUCCCUCAACAUCAUCACUGUCACGCUCAACAUGGAAAAAUACAAUUUUCUGGGAAUAAGUAUCGUAGGACAGAGCAACGACCGGGGAGACGGCGGCAUUUACAUCGGCUCCAUCAUGAAGGGCGGGGCAGUGGCGGCAGAUGGGCGGAUUGAGCCAGGCGACAUGCUUUUACAGGUUGACCCUGUUGGAAGGACAGAAGCUGAUUUCUCUUUUGCUGUUUUUUUUUCCUUUCGGUUUUCUUUUCCCAGACCCAUCAGCCUAACAGUGGCCAAAUGCUGGGAUCCUACCCCCAGGAGUUACUUCACAAUCCCCAGGGCUGAGCCAGUGCGGCCGAUCGACCCCGCAGCCUGGAUUUCUCAUACCACGGCUUUGACGGGAGCAUACCCCCGUUACGGUAUGAGUCCUUCCAUGAGCAUCAUCACUUCUACCAGCUCCUCACUAACAAGCUCAAUUCCCGAUUCGGAAAAGCUGGACGAGACCCCCUUGACGGUGAAAAGCGACAUGGCCACCAUUGUCAAAGUGAUGCAGUUACCAGAUUCAGGGCUGGAAAUUCGGGACCGGAUGUGGUUAAAAAUCACCAUCUCCAACGCAGUGAUUGGAGCAGAUGUCGUUGAUUGGCUUUACGCCCACGUGGAGGAUUUUAAAGACCGUCGAGAAGCCCGGAAAUACGCCAGCAGCAUGCUGAAGCAUGGCUACCUCAGACACACUGUGAAUAAGAUUACUUUCUCAGAACAGUGCUAUUAUGUGUUUGGAGAUCUUUGUGGCAAUAUGGCUGCAAUGAACCUCAACAACGGUUCCAGCGGGGCUUCUGACCAAGACACCCUGGGCCCCCUCCCGCACCCCUCCCCACCUUGGCCACUGGGGCAAGGUUAUCCUUACCAGUAUCCCCUCGCCCCUCCGUGUUUCCCGCCAGCCUACCAGGACCCUGGCUUCAGCUAUGGCAGCGGAAGUGCGGGAAGCCAGCACAGCGAAGGAAGCAAAAGUAGCGGCUCUAACCGAAGCAACAGCGAGAACAGCCGGUGGCGAGAGAAGGACCGCAAGUCAGCUGGCGGCAGUAGCAGCGGGUCGGACCCAGCCACCUGGAGCGGGGGUGGGGGGAGCGUCCUGCGGCACGAGAGGCCCCCCAGCCAGCUUAGCCACCGCAGCCACGUCUCGGCCACCCUCAGCCAGAGAAGUCCUCGCAGCCACCACGCUUACGGCCCGCCGGGAGGGCUGCCUUCUCUGGGGAACUUCCCCAAGCUGGGAGGCAAAGUCUAUGCCAUCAGCGGGCCGCCCGGAGGGCCCCCCGCGCGGGAACUUGGCUCCAUCCCUCCUGAACUGACUGGGAGCCGCCAGUCCUUCCAGAAAGCCAUGGGCAACCCGUGCGAAUUCUUCGUGGACAUCAUGUGAAAAGACGUGCCUUCCUAGAGAGUCCGCGCAGAGGGUUCCUGCUCUGUCGUCGGCAGACUGGCCAGGGACCUUUUUUUUUUCUUUCUUUCUUUCUUUCAAAGCAACGGGGAAAGAGAGCGAACCCCCCCCCUCCUACUCCCCCUGCCCCCCCCACCUUGACAAUCUUUUGCAUGUCACACCCUUCUGACUCUUGAUUGUGUUUUGCCAGCAAACGUAGGGGGGGGGGAGAGCAAUUCCAGGAUAUUCAAUCUGCCAAUCAGGCAUAUUUUGUCUCCCCCCCCCCUUUUCUCCUUUCCCUUGUUUUCCAAACGUGAUUGAUAGGUGUUCCCCCCCCCCCAGAUAUCUUAAAUGAGCUUUGUUAUGCGUGGCACCUUUUCUCAGUGCAAUUUUACUGUGUUUUCCUUGACUUAACCAAGGGAUCGUAUUUUAUAUAAUAGUUUUUUUUUUAAAAAAAGAAAGAAAAAAGCAACACGGCAAUUCUCCAGUCCUGCAUAUUUUGCACCUUUAAAAAAAUAUUCUGGUUCCUUUCUUUCCAGUCUGGGGGGGGGGAAAUAAAAACUUACAAUGGAGGAGGAUUUGCUUUGAUAAAGACAACACAACUAACCAGGGGCAAUAAAGUUGGCUUUCAUUUGUUGAGCCCCAUUGCAACAAUGGGUGAAUAUCUCUCUGUGGGUCUGUUUCCUCCUUCGUUUGGGCUACUUUUCAUCAAGGUUUUCUUUGCACCUGCUGAGCCUGGUUCCAUAUUGGCCUUUCCCUUAAGAAGGGAAAACCAUUUUGUGAGAAACUCGAUGGGUUAAAUUUCUCCUCCAAAACAAUGAACUUUUUGGUUGCCUAUUUUACACCUUGAAAGAAAAUUCUGGUGAUUGUAGGGCUUCGGCAGGUAUUCCAGCCAGUUAUUGCCAAUUGGUGUUCCAUCCAUCCCUCUCCUUGCUUCCAGACGGGGAGAAUUGCUGCCUUUGUUGGCCAUACACCCUAAAUCUGGCAUCGUGACUUGACACUCUCUCUCUUAUUCUGUUAUGUUUUGGCUGUUCUCCUAGCCAAUGGUCAAGCUCUGCCUUGGAAAAACAUCUCUCAGUGGUACUCUUGUUUCCAGAGAGGAUUUGGCCCAAGUGAGGUCCUUUCCUUUGAUACCUGUGUUAUGUGUUGGAAACAGCUGAAGCAUUAACACAAACACAUUCACUACCCAGAUUUCCAAGCUGAGUGGCGAGAAAGUGCAUGGUUUUGUUGACAUGAGGAAAAUUCUGCCUAGGUUGUGGUGCAUUCCCCCCAAUUUUACACUUAGAUGCUUUGGUUUAUCAUGGCUAUGUUUGCAUCUGGAUAUUGUUUGCAGUUUAUGCUACUGAUUGCCCCCCCCCCCAAUUGCUCUGAAUUAAGAACAUUUUAUUGGGCUGGAGUGCAUGGAUCCUGAUUUCCUGAAAGGCCAAUCCAAGUAGGAAGGAAAGAAGAAGGAUGUGUAGGAAAGGGGAAAUUACAUAGAGGGACAAAGUUGUUCUCUAUUUGUGUGACAGUAUCACCUGUAUAUUUUUUUCUGUUCAGGAGAAAACAGUGAAAAGGCAGAGAGAAAAAAAGUUCCAGGAUGAUUUGAGGAAAAUAGAAUGAGUCUUGUUAUAGAAUUUCAGAUGCCAGUCAGCCAUCUGUGCCCUUCCCCCAAGGGGCUCCAUUCCGUGCCUCCCUCCAACUUUGACCAUUGGAUAUGGGAGUGUGAUGCAAAUGCAACAUAAGGUAGCUUUUGUCCUGUAUGAACGUUGCAGUACCUUCCUGCUGGUGUCCCUUUCCCUGGAUGCAGAUGAUGGGAAUUAAUGGGCACCAACCUGGCGAAGGCAGAUCUUCAAUCACACCUAUAUAUCAAGGGCUGGCACUUGGAUCUCUGUGAAUCUCCAAGCACUUGGAGAGACUAUUUUUCCCCCCAGCUCUGAUAAUCAAAUGAGAUCUUUCAAAGUAGCAAGGGAAUCUACUCCCAACUGCUGACUCAAGUUGCUUUUUCACACAUACCCCACACACACAGUUUUUCUCUCUCUAUGGUCCUCUAUGGUAGUGGAGAUGAAACAGGUUCCCUUGGCUGGAGGUCGUUAUUAUUUUUUUUUAAACAAUUCUGGCUGAUACUUGGACUUUCACAGCUAAUGGCAAACUGUAGCAAGUGUUUCUCUUUGAAGAAAUUGUAUUGUGGUUCCACAUGGCUGGUUUAUCUUGCUGGCCAGCCUGAUCCCAUAUAAUCGUGCAGAGAAGCUAGUCCUCAUGAAUUCAUUGAAACAAGCAUGUUUCUGCUUACUGAGUCAGAGACUGUUUUGAAAAGAUGCGUUUACCCCUUUUAAAUCUCUGACAUAUUCUCCUUUUCUGCUUCAGAGGGAUCCUCAACUCCCAAAGGUUUUACCUAGCUGUGUUGGGAUAAGCCAGCCAUGUUUUGUGGGUGUGACCUUCCAUCAGCUUUCCCGUCCAUCCUUCCUGUUGCCAACUAGCGAGCUUGUUUUGGGCCUGAAGAAAACAUUGAAAUUGGAUAUUUUGAGUUAGCUGCUUCUUCCCCUUUAAAGUUGCAUUUUACUGGACAGUAAGGAAUAAUGUCAAAGGAACAGCUUAAUUCUAAUCAGGGAUUAGAAUGACACAUACAGAAUUUAUGUACAGUAGAGGGAAAAAAUAGUAAAUGAAAUUAAAGGCAGGAAAUGAAAUCUCUGCCCACCGACUCUCAAAAUAUCUUAGCAUUGGGUCAUACCCAAGAUCGUGUUCUUGACGAUGCGUGACUGGCCCACUCCCCUUAUUUCCAACACCAUCUUCCUUUUUCUGCAUUUUGGGGAGGGCUUCUUGUAAAUAUUGUAUGAAAAACUCCAGUUGUCUGUAUAGUUAAUAUAUAGCUGCUUAUGUGUAAAUGCUAUUUUAAACUCUAAAAAAAGCUUUUACUUUUAUGUGACAAAUGCACUUUGUGAUUUUUCUUCAUUGGUGGUGGCAACCUUUUAUUCCGAGAUAUUAUAUAUAUAUAUUUCUGUU